AUGACCAGUAAUGGUAUUGGUUAUGGAUUCCAUACUUCCGAUGCGAUUGAUUCCAGGAGCUGGAUAGUUGAUUCCGGUGCAACUGAUCAUAUGACGUUUGAUCCUAAUGAUUUUCUGAAUACUACACAACCUCGACGAACCUGUAUUGCAAAUGCCAAUGAUGUUACUUAUCCUGUGACGGGGGCUGGCACUGUUGCACUCUCAUCCUCUCUCACACUGUCUAAUACUUUACUUGUUCCAUCUUUAUCCACUAAAUUGUUGUCAGUUAGUCAGCUUACUGAACAAUUGAAUUGUUGUGUACUCAUUUACCCGAGUUUUUAUUUGCUUCAAGAUAUUCACACCAAGGAGAUUCUUGGUCGUGGUACUAAGAGAGGGGGGUUAUAUUAUGUCGAUGACUUCAGUCCCGGCGUGGCUAACAGUGUGACGCAUCCCUUUGAUAGCAAACCAAAGAAAAUAUGGUUGUGGCACCGUCGAUUCCGACAUCCGUCUUUUAGUUAUAUGAAGCAUCUUAUACCAGAUUUAUUCUCAGGUUUCAAGGACUCUGACUUCACAUGUGAUACUUGUAUUUUGGCCAAGAGUCACCAUGUGCCCUACUCGUUGAGUACGAACAAGUGUACUACUCCAUUUACGUUAAUUCACUCUGAUGUCUGA